UAGGCUAUCAACUACCACGUCUACAGAGGAGAGAGGGGGUCAAAAUAAACCGACAAGAAAGAUAGGACAGGAGGAGCAAAGACAGUUCCAUCAAAGUCGGCUGCAACAUCGGGAGCAGACCGCAAGCUCAAUUUGGACAUAAAGUACGCACCGCUUGCGGCUCCAGAGCCCCUUUCUCAGUUCUCGUUUCAAGUAACGUCCGAUUGUAAUCUUGCCAAUUCACCAAAACACGAGAAGAAUGUACAUGUUGGAGAAACACGUCUAAUAGUUUAAAUCGUCCUGGCAACCGGUUGCACAGGGAAACAGUUUUUUUGUGUGUUUUGCGCGAAGUCCAAAGUUUUGCGCAUGGGAUGCUUCCCUCCCCCACACAGAUAAUGUUCUGACAAAAGAGAGAGAGAGAGAGAGAGAAUCGCGCAACCUUCCCGAGGACAUCUUCUUCGUUUGUUAAGUUUUUUGAGAAUUGACUGAUGGCACCUAAGCUGAAAUCGGUAGCCCGGCUGCUGCUGCUGGCGGUGGUGUGGGAGCUGAGCGCGCAGGGAGCGACGGAGCGACAAUUCAAUCCAGAGUCAUGGCUACAACAGUAUGGCUACCUUCCCCCAGGGGACUUGAGAACCCAUGCCCUUCGCUCCCCAAACUCCAUCUCCUCCGCCAUCGCUGCCAUGCAGAGGUUCUAUGGCCUCACCGUCAGUGGUAGCUUUGACGCAGACACCGUCAAGGCCAUGAAGCGACCGCGCUGUGGGGUCCCUGAUAAGUUUGGUGCUGAGCUCAAGAGCAACCUGAGGAGGAAGCGGUACGCCAUCCAGGGCCUGAAGUGGCCCAAAACAGAGAUCACUUUCUCUAUACAGAACUACACCCCAAAGGUGGGUGAGUAUGAGACCUACGAGGCCAUCAGGAAGGCCUUCAAGGUGUGGGAGGGCGUCACCCCGCUUCGCUUCCGGGAAAUUCCCUACAGCUACAUACGGGACAAAGUGGAGGAGUUUGCUGACAUCAUGAUAUUCUUUGCUGAGGGUUUCCACGGUGACAGCAGCCCAUUUGAUGGCGAGGGGGGAUUCCUGGCACACGCCUAUUUUCCUGGCAUUGGCAUCGGUGGAGACACUCACUUUGAUUCGGCUGAGCCGUGGACAGUUGGAAACCGGGACCUGUUAGGGAAUGAUAUUUUCCUCGUUGCUGUGCAUGAACUUGGUCACGCCAUGGGUCUCGAGCACUCUAACGACCCCUCAGCCAUCAUGGCUCCGUUCUACCAGUGGAUGGACACUGAGAACUUCCAGCUUCCAGAUGAUGACCGCAGAGGCAUACAGCAGCUUUAUGGAAAAACCAGAGUCCACCCACAACUGUUUAUGUGGGUAAACAGGAGAGUUUCUAACAGUGGCCGAAUCAUCAGUUCACCAUCUCUCUUUUUUCUCUCCUCUCGUUUCCUGUUUAGCUAUUACCGUUUCAAUGAAGCGUCCCAGACAGUUGACGAUGGCUAUCCGAAAACUAUUAGCGUGUGGCAGGGCGUUCCUGAUAACAUCAAGUCAGCCUUCAUGAGCAAAGAUCAAGCGUACACCUACUUCUACAAAGCCAACAAAUACUGGAAGUUCAACAACCAGGUGAUGCGAGUGGAGCCUGGAUAUCCCAAAUCAGCCCUUCGUGACUGGAUGGGCUGCCCCAAUGAAGACCCCAAGACAGACGGAGGAAGAGGCGGAGGUGGACAUGACAAGGACAAGGAAAGGGAGAAGGAAAGGGAGAGAGAGAGGGAGCGAGAGAGGGAGAGGGAGCGGGAGAGAGAGAGGGAGAGAGAGAGGGAGAGAGAGAGGGAGAGAGAGAGGGAGAGAGAGAGGGAAGACAGAGACAGAACUAGAGAUAGAGAGAGGGACAGAGAGAGGGAGAAGGUGAUUGAGAGGGAGGAGGAAAUUGAUGUGAAAGUUAUUGAGACAGAUAGUGGCAGCGGGGCAGCGGCGUUUGUUGUGCCGCUGUUUCUGGUAGUGUGUGUGAUCGCAACGUUGGCAGCCUUGCUGUUCUUCCGUCGUUACGGUACCCCCCGCCGACUCCUCUACUGCCAACGAUCUCUAUUGGACAAGGUGUAGUUAGAGAUGGAGGGGCAGAAGAGAGGAGAGAAAGAAGGCGAGAGAAGAAGAAGAAAACGCGGUGGAGAACGUUCGACGCAGAUAAGGGAGCAGAACAGAAAGAGACGGAACGGGAGAAAGAGCCGAAGGAAAACUGUCAGACUUGCAUUUUCAACUCUUCUUACCACUUCCAGAUUCCUUUGACUCUAUCUCUCAACCACUCAGCUCUUUCCAAUUUUCUCCUUUCUGACUCUGCCUCUCUUCUCGCGGUUACUGACGCCAGCUCAUUGCUGUUUGUUUUAGCCUUUUUCAAUGUCAUAUUUUUAGUUUUUGUCAGUGGUCAGUGUUUGUGUUCUCGUGAAUUUUCCACUUCGAACCUGCGUCUUCAUGACAUCAGUUUCUGCAUGUUUCUGUGCGUAAGCAGACGCCGUUGUUUCAUCGCUCGGCCAAGUGCCCUUUUUUUAAUUUGCACACCCUCACUUAAACACAAAAUCCUGGAAACCGCGGCGGCACAGUCAUCUGUGUUUCUUAAUCUUCCGGUAAAGCAACAUGUCAGGAGCCAGCAGGGACAAUAAAAGGGAAACAUUAGCUUGCAGAGUAAAGCAGUAAAUGCAAAAGUGUAUUUUCUUUUUUUAUAUUAAUGUCUCUAUUGUUAUUAUUAUAAAUGAUGUUGUCAUUACUAUUAUGACUAUUACUAUUAUUGUUGUUGUCGUCCACCAUGUA